AACUACACCAAAAUUUCGUCGUCUGAUUCGAACCCCAAACGAAUCAGACAAAAUAGAAACACACUCAUUCGAAUAUUACCAAACUUUCGAAUCCCGGUUUUAAAAAUUUCCCUAAAAAUUCAUUUGUGUCUCUUUCUAGUUCAAAUCUUGAAACCCUGAUCCAUCAAAGAGGAUGCUAAUAUCGUGUUACAUAGGGUUUCUAGAUUUUCAUUGAUCUUGUUUUAAGGAAAUGGGAAGCUUUCAUCGCCGGACAUUUUCUUACGAUAAACUUCCCACCGAACCCAUUAGGCUUUCCGUUCUCAAACUAGAUGGCUCUUCCUUCGAUGUUUACGUAAUGAGCUCGGCAACCGUUGGGGAUCUCAAGCUUGCCAUAGAGACUGCCUUCAGUCACGUCCCCAAGAAGGGACCCUCCAAGAUAUCUUGGUCACACGUGUGGGGGCAUUUCUGCUUGUGUUUUGGGGGUCAGAAGUUAGUCACCGAUACGGAGUGCAUUGGAAGUUAUGGGAUGAAGGAUGGUGAUGAGGUAAGGUUUAAAAACCAUGUGUCGGGAAAUGCAGUACUGAACAAGGGAUAUUCUAGGAAAUCCAAGCAAAAGAUUUCAGAGAGGAUAGAAGCAAAGGAUGGAGAUGAUGAAGUGAAUAGAAUGGAGAAGAUUGAUGAUCACGAUUCUUGGGAUGAUCUCGAGAAAGGAAGCUUCGUGAGGUACGGAGAUGAUCAUGACUUGAAGACUUCUCCAGGGGAGAACAGGUCUUGUCUAUCCACUGUCCGAGGCUGCUGCUUUGCUUUGGGAUUAAAGGAGCUUUUUGGGUUUGCCAAUGACAGAGCCUAUUACUCUUUGAGGGAUACUUGGAGAGACGAUUGAUUUUUUCUGUGCUUCUCCAUUUUUGUUUUUCUAUUUGUAAGAUUUUUGGUCGCAGGACACUAUACAUUAUUUGUAAUCACAACAAAAUGAUCCAAGGAUCUUGUUCUAUUACAAAGGAUAGUAUGUUCAGGGAAGCUUAUACAAUGAUCAGUAGUAGUACAGAUAGUGCCUUUAACAAAAAAAGUGGAAAAAAAAAAACAGAGCUUUUGGCAGAAACACAACCUAAAAAAACAACUCCGAAGAGCUGUAAUGGCGGC